CCUAUUUGUUGUCGACUCUCCACGAUCGAUUCUAACACCAGCCAAGUCCCAUCAUCUACAACACCGCGAAGAUGAUGGACCAACGCGAACUGACCCAGCGCGUCAAGGCGCUGCAGAGCUCCCUUACCAAGAACGAGCCUCCAUCCGAAAUCAUGUCGCAGAUCGAGUUCCUCAAGAAGGAAGUCAAUCCGACCGAGGAGAUGUUGCGCGUGAGUUGUCUCCUCCUAUCGCAUUUCCGACUUCGCAUCGCGCGUUCCGAUGUCAUGAUUCACUACACUACACUCCGUGACAUUAUGUUACGUUAUACUCUGUGACUUGUUUGAUUUGCUUUCGAAUCAACUCCUCAGCAGCACAUUCCACUUCGUCAAAGCUAACUUGGCCUGUCUCCUAGACCACCAAGGCAGGGCUUCUUAUGGGAAAGUUGCGCCAGAACCCCAACAAGGACGUCGCUCGCCAGGCUAGCGCCAUCGUUCUAAAGUGGAAGCAAAGCGUUGAAGCAGAGAAAGCCAACCGACAGAAAGCGAAGGCCUCUGCAUCACCUGCCCCUGCUGCUUCCCCCCUCCCCAAACCGAUUAUGGUGGCUACGAAGCGCAAGUUUGAGGGCGACCCAGAAAAGCGAAAGUACACUGAAGAUGGCGUCGACGUCAAGCGCACCAGCUCCCAAGUUCGCAACAACUGCAUCGGUCUUCUCUACAACGGCUUGGCCUACCGUUCCACUGAGUCGGUUGACUUCGUUAUUCAGCGCGCCGUAGAAGUUGAGGACGCAGCCUUCAAGCACUUCAAGAGCGAGAACAAGGACUACAAGGACAAGAUUCGAUCUCUGUUCUCGAACCUGAAGAACAAGACGAAUCCCGAGUUGGGCAAAAACGUCAUGUCGGGCGAAAUCACUCCAGACCGCUUUGUUCGCAUGACGUCUAAGCAGCUCAUGUCAGAGGAGCAGCGCAAACACGACGAGGAGCUCGAAAAGGAGAACAUGAAGAAGGCCCAGGUCCCCAUGGCCGAGAAGAGCAUCAGCGAUACCCUCGAGUGCGGCAACUGCAAGCAGAAGAAGGUCAGCUAUAGUCAGGCUCAGACUAGAAGCGCUGAUGAACCUAUGACGACGUUCUGCGAAUGUAUGAACUGUGGCCGUCGCUGGAAGUUCUCUUGAGCACUAUACCCUCUUCUCCUCGCGGUAUUCAUGCUUGGGUGGUUGGCCAACCUCUGGUCUUAACAGCUGCACAUACGAAAUGAUUCACGAGGUUCUGUAGGUACCUUUACGCGCAACGGCAUACGCUGGCCGGCGUCAAUUGAUUUCUAGGUGGCAAGGAGUUGCGGUUGAUAUCACAAGCAGAAAAUG